AUACUUUCUUCGAUCGAGGUAAAUGUUCUGGUAGAUUGAUUCUUCAACUACUCAGGAGAGAAGAUGUCGAUGAAUUACAAGGAGAGACUAAAAGAAGCAGCAGAUUUAGUUAUUUCUAGCGAUCAUCAUCAAAGUGACGUACUCCCGUUAAACUAUGAUGAGAUUGGCAUAAAGGCUACACUGAAGCCUCAUCAAAUUCAAGGAAUUUUAUGGCUUAUACAAAGAUAUCUUACUGGUGUCAAUUUUAUUCUUGGAGACGAGAUGGGUCUUGGGAAGACUUUGCAAGCCAUUACUUUCUUAAGCUAUUUGAAGUUCCAUUUGAAAUCACCUGGGCCAUUCUUGGUAAUAUGCCCUCUCAGUGUGACAGAUGGUUGGGUAUCAUAGGUAGCAAAGUUUUGUCCUAAAUUGAGGGUUCUACGAUAUGUUGGCGACAAAGAAGUCAGACGCGAUCUUCGCAGGAAACCUUUUGAGCAGGUAAUGCAGUA